GCAAUGCUGUUCUUGGAUUUAUGAUAAGGAGAGAUUGAUUUUUAUAAGUGUGGCAUUGAUACAUACAUUUUCUUCUCUGUUAAACAUGAUUUGGCACCUCAGAAAUGGAUUAAACAUGUUGAAUAUUCCACACAAUAUAAAACAGCUACUUUAGGACAUUUUACAUGGUCCAGCACACACUUGGAGUUUCUUUGUGUAAAUUAGAGUUUUUUAAGUGUUGUUUUGUGGCAUUAUUUUACCAAAACACCUCGUUAUACUUUUUUUCAGCCUUGUGAAGAUUUGUGCUUGACUCUGUACAAACUAACUCUCUUGUCUCUUCCUUUAUUGACUAUGAAACCCCUCGGGCCUAAACAUACUGUCUUGAUUGUUUGGUUCUGGAAUGCCAGUGGAAAAACCCCUGUUGAAAGUUUCCAAUCACAGUGUUUCACCAUCUAUUAAACUCAAUCUGCCAAGUCUGAUUUUGACGGCAGCUUAAUGUCAUAAUUUAUUUUGUUAUUUUAUUUUAUUUUGGUCAGAGUCUAUAAUGCAAUGGGGCCUGAAGCACAUCUAGUUUUUUAGAUCAACAUUUUAUUAUUUUUUUUUUUUUUUACUUUGAAAAAGUGAACCUGUGCCACGUGUACUACUACACACUGUUGUUUCUUGUUCAAGUCUAAGGAAUGAUAUGAUAAACAGGUUCAGUUGCACUAGUACUGCAGGUCAGGUGAAGAUCCCUCCCUUUCAUUCAUGCUUUUAGUGUAUGUGCCUCAGGCUUUACGAUUCUGAAGAACUGAAUGACGUGUGACCAGUUUGCAAAGUUAUGUGAAAUAUAAAAAGCAUACAAAACAUCUGUGUUAACUUAUGGCAGAAACUCAAAUACAUGAGACUAGGUGUGUUGAGAAAAAUCCCAUCCCAACUGUUAUACUGUAUACUGUAAUCACUGAAAGAAAUCAUAUUGGCCUAAUAUGGAAAGAAUAUGGAAAGGGUCAGGGUUCAGCAAGAAUGUCUGCAGUGAAAGUGUCUCAGAAAUGCUGUGUUUGGAUGGCAGUGCUUAGCAUGCUUGUUCAGUCUUUCUCUUAUUCUGUCUUAAUUACAUUUCCUCAUGCACAUAGUAAAGAAAGUAAAUUUUACUGCUUUCUGUACGUCAUAGUGACUCAGGAAUUGCAAAAAACAACAACAACAAAAAAAGAACAACCUUUUCUUAGGAAACAUUUUUGUUCUGUUUAUGGGCUAUUAGGAAAAUAUUUUUCAAGAAUCAAUGACAGGAGCUGCUUUGUUUCAUUUUCAAAGACACAAAAGCCUGUGGCAAAUCUAUAACACCAUAACUGAGGCAAAAUGGUUGCUGGAAUCUUCAUGCCGCUCUCAGACAAGACUAUUUAUGAGGCCAGAAGGACAGGCGCCCACAGAGCAAUAUGAAAGUUAUAUGUGCUAUGGGCUCCCUAAAGUCUAAAGGAGUGGGAGGAAAACUUUUGCCUUUAAGAGGAUAAAUAGUAAAUCAAUCCUUAAUAAAAUUAAAAAAUAAAAAUUAUCAUGCAAUUAAGACUUCAGAAGACUUUCAUUUCUUUUAUAUGUGCUUGUCUUUGAAGUGUUUUUAAUGAACUUUAAAGGCAAAGGUUUUUGGAAGAAAUGUAAAGGUCUUUCCUGGCAUCUUGUUUCAGUUAUAAACAGCACAAAGAGGUCAUGGGUCAUGGCACAGGAUGCAGCCUACGCCCCUCUCACAGUGUAAGGACAGCUGCUCAACUCUAUACUGCCACCUCCUGUUCAUAUUUUUCUACAAAAACUUUAUAUUUAAAGUUAGGACAAACCUUUAAUACAUAAAUUUUCAUGGGGCCGAGAUGCAUUUACAGUCAGGAGCAGUGCACUAUUUUAAAACAAACCAUUCAUCUUUUGCUCCAGAAGUUUCCUUUCCCAGGCAGAUAAAUGGCACAGAAUAAGUAGGAGAUCUGAGACCAAUUAACGUCCAUUCAUUUUUUCCCCUCUCUCUCCUUUUGAAAUGGGCAAGAAACACGCUUGCUUCUGUGGUCUUGACGGUCACACUAAGAUGUUGCCAACUCAGUCUUACUAAAAACUGUAUUUCCAGCUUUAGCACAGUCUGCUGAGUGAAAUAAAGACAAACGGGGUAAGAGAGACGAAAAGGGAAACGCUGUCGUCCUCUAAGUGAUUUCAGUUUAGUAAAUCAGAGAACUGCUUUAAACAACCUAUAAUGGAGAUUGAUGAUGGUAGAUCAUACAUGGAGGAUUUGAUCCAAAAAGGCCAAGGUAGGCAAUAUUUGAUUUGCAUAUUUAAAGGGACACUCAAAUAAAUAAAACAUUUAAGAGCCUGAUUCUGAAACUUGGUCCAAUGUCAUUUAAUUAUAUUGACAAAGAACUGCAUCAUUAGAUUGUGAGUAUUUAUCUCUUGAGCUAAACACACCUCACUUGCUGUAUUGUAGUUUUCAUUGACACACAUCUGCAUGCUAAUGUUUUUUUUCUUUGUUAGAUGUCCUGAAUGGCAUUUCCUAAGUGGUUGGUACCUGGUGUUAAUAAUCUAGUUAAAAAACUACCAAAAUCUGUAUUCCUUUUAUUCACAAGGCUAAUAUUAUUGGUACACCCACUACUCUCUUGAGAGUUUGAAAACAGAGGGUUUAAUGCAUAAAUCGAUUUCUCAAACCCCAGCAGACUUGAAUUGCAGUAGUUCGGCAGUCCAGAUUUGCAAGUAUUUGAGGUUCCCAUUUAUUUUCUUUAUUCUAGCAGUUUUAGGGACAGCCCACUGCUUUAUGACUUCAGAGGCAUUACACAAUGAGAUCUUUGUUAUAUAUGGGGGUUUGCACCAUAGUCUUUAUUUCCACAUACUUCUCAAAAAAGUUAGAAAAUAGUCAGUUUGCUAUGUUUAUACAGUUAUGUGUUUAAUGAACUUUACCACUGUUCCAGGGAUGCAGUUUCCACAGCGGAAAACAUUUGGACUAAAUAAAACCCGAUGCCCUUUCUCUCUUUUUUUUUCUCUCGUUCUCCCUCCCUGUUUUCUUCCAUGUUUUUCUCUUUCCCCCCUCUUCUGACUGCUUUACGCCCCUCUGGAUUUGAUAAGCAUACAAUGUCUUGAGGUCAGAUGUGCUACAUUAGCAGUUGGUGUCAGUAUUUUGCUUGAGAUCGAUAGAAGGUCCAAUUUUGUUCGGCAUGAACCUCUGCUGCUGUUGCUGCCGAUCUCAACCCAAUGAUGAACGGGAUCGAGUACAGAAAAAGACCUUCACAAAAUGGGUGAACAAGCAUCUGAUGAAGCACUGGAAGGCAGAGGCCCAGCGGCACAUCACAGACCUGUACGAGGAUCUCAGAGAUGGACACAACCUCAUCUCGCUGCUGGAGGUGCUGUCUGGAGAGACACUGCCGAGGGAGCGAGACGUUGUCAGGAAUUCGCGGUUGCCCAGAGAGAAGGGUCGCAUGCGCUUUCACAAACUACAGAAUGUACAGAUCGCACUGGACUUCCUCAAACAUAGACAGGUGAAACUGGUAAACAUAAGAAAUGACGACAUUGCGGAUGGAAAUCCAAAACUGACCCUUGGGCUAAUAUGGACCAUCAUCCUUCACUUCCAGAUCUCCGAUAUCCAGGUGAACGGUCAGUCAGAUGAUAUGACCGCCAAGGAUAAGCUGCUCUUGUGGUCUCAACGGAUGGUGGAGGGCUACCAUGGCCUGCGGUGUGAUAACUUCACCACCAGCUGGAGAGAUGGCAAGCUCUUCAACGCCAUCAUCCAUAAACACAAGCCAAAUUUGAUUGACAUGAAUAAGGUGUACAAACAGACCAACCUGGUGAAUCUGGAGCAGGCCUUCACCGUAGCAGAGAGAGACUUGGGCGUCACACGCCUGCUGGAUCCUGAAGAUGUAGACGUGCCACACCCAGACGAGAAGUCCAUCAUCACAUAUGUGUCCUCUUUGUAUGAUGUCAUGCCAAGAGUUCCUGACGUUCGUGAUGGAGUCAAGGCCAAUGAGUUGGAGCUGCGCUGGCAGGAAUAUUACGAGCUGGUGACCAUGUUACUUCAGUGGAUCAGACAUCACAUUAUCGUGUUUGAGGAACGCAAGUUCCCCUCCAGCUAUGAGGAAAUUGAGGUUCUCUGGCGUCAGUUUCUGAAGUUCAAAGAGACUGAACUACCAGCCAAGGAAACUGACAAAAAUCGCACAAAGCUCAUUCACAAGUCUUUCGAGGGUGCUGUGCAGGCGGGUCAAAUCAAGGUUCCCUCCAGCUACCACCCCAUCGAUGUGGAGAAGGAGUGGGGCCGCCUGCACGUGGCUAUUCUGGAACGAGAGAAACUGUUGCGCUCAGAGUUUGAACGGCUGGAGCGUUUGCAGAGAACAGUCGGUAAAGUGCAGAUGGAGUCAGGUUUGUGCGAGGAACAGCUAAACCAGGUGGAAACACUGUUACAGACGGACAUACGUUUGCUGAGUGCGGGAAAGCCUAUCCAGCAUGCAUCUGAUAUAGAGACAGAUCUGAACAAAGCUGAAAACAUGAUCCGAUACCUUUUCAAUGAUGUGCAGUUACUGAAAGAUGGGCGCCAUCUACAGGCAGAACAGAUGUACAGGCGGGUGUACCGUCUCCAUGAGCGUCUGGUUAACCUGCGCAGUGAGUUUAAUCUGCGUCUGAAGUCAGGCGUGACAGUGUCGCAGAUACCCAUGACCCAGAUCUCCCAUGUCCAAACAUUACAGCAGUCUCCCCAGCGCGUAAGACCUGAGCUUGACGAAGUCACUCUCAAGUACAUUCAGGACCUCUUGUCUUGGGUGGAGGAGAACCAGAGACGCAUUGAUGGGGCUGAGUGGGGCAAAGAUCUGCCCUCUGUGGAGUCUCAGCUCGGUAGCCAUCGUGGUCUUCAUCAGUCCAUUGAGGAGUUCAAAUGCAAGAUUGAACGUGCACGGGCUGAUGAGAAUCAGUUGACUCCAGUCAGUAAGGAAGCUUAUCGUGAAUACUUGGGCAAACUGGACCUUCAGUACGCCAAACUGCUGAAUGCAUCGAAGUCACGGCUGAGUUGUUUAGAUCAGCUGCACGCUUUUGUUGUAGCUGCCACAAAAGAGCUGAUGUGGCUGAAUGAGAAAGAAGAGGAGGAAGUAAACUAUGACUGGAGUGACAGAAACUCCAACAUGACCGCCAAGAAAGAUACCUAUUCUGGUUUGAUGAGAGAUCUUGAACAGAGAGAGAAGAGGGUAAACAACGUCCAGGUGACUGGAGACAAACUGCUAAAAGAGGGCCAUCCUGCCAGGAAAACUGUGGAGGCUUUCACUGCAGCUCUUCAGACUCAGUGGAGCUGGAUCCUUCAGCUGUGCUGCUGCAUUGAGACUCAUCUGAAAGAAAACACAUCUUACUUCCAGUUCUUCUCAGAUGUUAAAGAAGCUGAAGAGAGGAUGAAGAAGAUGGAGGACAUGAUGAAGAAGAAAUAUGUGUGUGACCACUCUAUCACGGUCACACGUCUAGAGGAUCUGCUACAGGAUGCAAUGGAAGAAAAAGAACACCAAAACGAAUUCAAAACACACCUGGAGGGUCUUAACCGGAGAGCCAAGACCAUUAUCCAGCUGAAGCCGAGGAACACAGCUUACCCUGUCAAAGGCAAAUUACCCAUUCAGGCUGUCUGUGACUUCAAACAAAUGGAGAUCACAGUACACAAAGGAGAUGAGUGUGUCCUGGUGAACAACUCCCAACCGUACAAGUGGAAAGUGCGAAACUCCAGUGGAAAUGAGGCCACAGUACCAUCCAUCUGUUUUAUCAUCCCUCCCACCAACAAAGAGGCCGUGGACGUCAGUUCUGGGUUAGACGCGAGUCUGCAGAGGCUGAUGGUCCUUUGGAAAAAGCUGCAUGUAGAUAUGAAGAGUCUGCUGUCCUGGCAAUACCUCAUGCGAGAUAUCCUGCUUAUCAACUCCUGGAAUUUAAUCAUGUUUAAGACUUUGAGAGUCGAGGAAUAUCGACUGACCCUGAAGAAACUGGAGGAGCACUAUCAGGCCUUCUUGCGUGACAGUCAGGAUUCUGAGCUCUUCGGUGCUGACGAUCGCUUGCAAGCCGAAAACAGUUACAGCAAAGCAACUCAACACUAUGAUAACUUGCUACGCUCUGUUGAACAAGGGGAACAGGAUGAGUCAGUGUGCAAGAGUUACAUCACCCAAAUAAAGGACCUGAGACUGAGACUAGAAGGCUGUGAGAGCCGCACGGUGAACCGCCUCAGACAGCUGGUGGACAAGGAGCCUCUCAAAGCCUGUGCACAGAGAGCCACCGAACAGAAGAAACUGCAGGCUGAGUUGGAGGGUAUAAAGAAAGACCUGGAUAAGAUGGUGGAGAAGAGUGAAGUAGUGCUGGCCACAUCUCAGCAGUCCAGUUCCGCCCCUGUCCUGCGCUCAGAAAUAGACAUCACCCAGAAAAAGAUGGAGCAUGUCUACAGUCUUUCCUCUGUGUAUCUUGACAAGCUGAAGACCAUUGAUAUAGUAAUCCGCAGCACACAAGGAGCUGAAGACAUUCUCAACAAGUACGAAAACCAACUGCGUGAUGUAAACAAAGUUCCUGUUAAUGAGAAAGACGUUGAGAUCAACCAAACACAGCUCCAGAAACUGUGCUCAGAAGCAGACAGCAAGCAAGCCAUGUUUGACCGCCUGGAACAGGAGCUUCAGAGGGCUACAGCAGUGAACGAUCGGAUGUCUCAGCUGCACAGUGAAAGGGACAUAGAGCUGGAGCACUACAGGCAGCUGGUGGGCAACCUGAAGGACCGCUGGCAGGCUGUGUUUGCACAGAUUGAGCUAAGGCAGCGAGAACUUGACCUUCUAAACAGGCAGAUGCAGGCCUACAGACAGAGCUAUGAGUGGCUUAUCUGCUGGAUAGCAGAUGCCAAGCAAAGGCAGGACAAACUUCAUGCUGUGCCUAUAGGUGACAGCAAAAUCCUUCAAGAGCAGUUGAACAAGGAGAAGAAACUGCUUGAGGAGAUUGAGAAGAACAAGGACAAGGUGGAUGAAUGCCAGAAAUAUGCUAAAGCAUACAUUGACGCCAUAAAGGAUUAUGAGCUUCAGCUGGUGAUGUAUAAAGCUUUGGUGGAGCCCAUCGCUUCUCCUCUGAAGAAAACUAAAAUGGAGUCUGCAUCUGAUGACAUAAUCCAAGAGUAUGUGACUUUGAGAACACGCUACAGUGAGCUGAUGACUCUUUCGAGUCAGUAUAUUAAAUUCAUCAUUGAGACACAGCGCCGCCUAGAGGAUGAUGAGAAAGCUGCCGAAAGACUAAAGGAGGAAGAGAGGAAAAAGCUGGCCGAGAUGCAGGCCGAGCUAGAAAAGCAAAGGCAGUUAGCUGAAUCUCACGCAAAAGCUAUUACUAAAGCAGAACAAGAGGCAAAUGAGCUGAAGAUGAAAAUGAAAGACGAAGUCAGCAAACGACAGGAUGUUGCUGUCGAUGCUGAGAAACAGAAGCACAAUAUCCAGCGAGAGUUUCAGGAGCUCAAAAGCAUUUCAGAGCAGGAAAUUAAGUCUAAGACUCAACAGGUAGAGGAGGCCCUGCAAAGCCGCACCAGAAUUGAAGAAGAAAUCCAUAUAAUCCGAAUUCAGCUGGAGACGACGAUGAAACAAAAAUACACUGCUGAAACAGAGCUUCAGCAACUCAGGGACAAAGCAGCAGAUGCUGACAAACUUCGAAAGGCAGCGCAGGACGAAGCAGAGAAGCUUCGGAAACAAGUUGCUGAAGAGACUCAGAAGAAACGCAAGGCAGAAGAGGAGCUUAAACUGAAAUCAGAGGCAGAAAAGGAGGCUGCCACAGAGAAGAAGAAGGCCCUCGAGGAUCUUGAGAAGCUCAAGCUCCAAGCUGAGGAAGCUGAGAGGCACCUGAAGCAAGCAGAGCUGGAAAAGCAGCGCCAGAUUCAAGUGGUCGAGGAAGUGGCUAAAAAGACUGCAGCCACUCAGCUUGAGAGUAAACAAUUAUCAUUAACAGCAAAACUGGAAGAGUCACUCAAAAAUGAGCAGGUAAUGGUCAUUCAACUGCAGGAAGAGGCAGAACAUCUCAAAAAGCAGCAAGCCGAAGCAAAUAAGGCAAGAGAGCAGGCAGAGAAGGAGCUAGAGACAUGGAGACAAAAGGCUAAUGAAGCUCUCCGGCUCCGGCUUCAUGCAGAGGAAGAAGCCAAUAAGAAAACUACAGCUCAGGAGGAGGCAGAGAAACAGAAGGAGGAGGCCAAACGGGAGGCAAAGAAGAGAGCAAAAGCUGAGGAGGCUGCCCUUAAACAGAAAGAGAUUGCAGAAAAUGAACUGGAGAAUCAAAGGAAAAUGGCUGAAGAAACAGCUAAACAGAAGCUUGCAGCAGAGCAAGAACUUAUUCGGUUAAGAGCAGAUUUUGAGCAUGCUGAACAGCAGAGGACUGUCCUGGAUGAUGAGCUCCAGCGUCUCAAAAAUGAUGUUAAUGCUGCUGUUAAACAGAAGAAAGAGCUGGAGGAGGAACUGGUCAAAGUUAGGAAGGAGAUGGAAGUUCUAUUGCAAAUUAAAUCCAAAGCUGAGAAAGAGUCUAUGUCAACCACUGAAAAAAGCAAACAACUACUUGAAUCUGAGGCCGCCAAGAUGAGGGAGCUGGCUGAAGAGGCAACUAAACUGAGGUCAGUUGCAGAAGAAGCAAAGAAACAAAGGCAGGCCGCAGAAGAAGAAGCUGCCCGCCAGAGAGCAGAGGCUGAUAAGAUACUCAAAGAAAAGUUAGCAGCUAUCAAUGAAGCCACCCGUCUAAAAACUGAAGCUGAGAUUGCUUUGAAAGAGAAGGAGGCUGAAAAUGACCGUCUAAAGAGAAAAGCCGAAGACGAGGCCUACCAGAGGAAAGUUCUUGAAGAUCAAGCAGCACACCAUAAGCAAGAGAUCGAAGAAAAGAUUGACCAGCUAAAGAAGUCUUCAGACACUGAGCUUGACAGGCAAAAGAAAAUCGUAGAAGAAACCUUGAAGCAGAGGAAAGUGGUUGAGGAGGAGAUCUACAUUCUCAAACUCAAUUUCGAAAAGGCUUCAACUGGCAAACGGGACCUUGAACUUGAGCUUAACAAACUGAAGGGCAUUGCAGAGGAGACACAAAAGAGCAAAGCGAAGGCAGAGGAAGAGGCAGAGAAAUUCAGAAAACUUGCUUCAGAAGAGGAGAAAAAAAGGAAAGAGGCAGAGGCCAAGGUAAAAGAAAUCCAAGCUGCAGAAGAAGAGGCAGCAAGGCAACACAAAGCUGCUCAAGAGGAGGUUGAGCGUCUUAUAAAAAUAGCGGAAGAUGCCAAAAAGCAGAAGGAGCUUGCCAAGAAAGAAGCUGAGAAACAGGUCAUUUUAGUAAAAGAGGCUGUACAAAAGUGUUCUGCUGCUGAACAGAAAGCCCAAGAUGUUCUUCUCCAGCAAAAUAAAGACAGCAUGGCUCAGGAUAAACUCAAGGAGGAGUUUGACAAAGCGAAGAAACUGGCGCAAGAUGCAGAAAAGGCUAAAGACAAGGCUGAAACAGAGGCUGCUUUGUUGCAGAAGAAAGCAGAGGAAGCAGACCGUCAAAAGCAGGCAGCUGAAGCUGAAGCUGCCAAACAGGCAAAAGCCCAGGAAGAUGCUGAAAAACUGAGGAAGGAAGCUGAGGCAGAAGCUUCCAGAAGGGCUGAGGCAGAAGCUGCUGCUUUAAAACAAAAACAAGAGGCUGAUGCCGAAAUGGCCAAGUACAAAAAGCUUUCAGAAAAGACACUGAAGCAGAAGUCUUCGGUUGAGAAGGAGUUAGUGAAGGUUAAAGUACAACUUGAUGAGACAGACAAACAGAAAUCAAUCCUUGAUGAUGAACUUAAGCGACUUAAACAAGAGGUCAGUGAUGCUAUGAAGCAGAAAGCUCAAGUGGAGGAUGAGCUCUCUAAAGUCAAGAUCCAGAUGGAGGACUUACUAAAACUGAAACUUAAAAUCGAAAAGGAAAACCAAGAGCUUAUGAAGAAAGAUAAAGACAACACAAAGAAACUUCUUGAGGAAGAGGCUGAGAACAUGAAAAAAUUGGCAGAGGAGGCAGCACGGCUCAACAUUGAGGCUCAAGAAGCGGCGAGAUUACGGCAAAUUGCAGAGUCUGAUCUUGCCAAACAGAGCGAACUGGCCGAUAAGAUGCUGGAAGAGAAAAAGCAGGCCAUUCAGGAGGCAAAAAAACUAAAGGCUGAAGCUGAAAAGCUCCAGAAACAGAAAGAGCAGGCACAGGUUGAGGCUCAAAAGCUGAUGGAGGCCAAAAAGGAGAUGCAACAGCGUCUGGAGCAGGAGACUGAAGGUUUCCAGAAAUCCUUAGAGGCUGAACGCAAGCGGCAAUUAGAGAUAACUGCAGAGGCUGAAAAACUGAAGAUCAAGGUGGCACAGCUAAGUGAUGCUCAGUCAAAAGCAGAAGACGAAGCCAAAAAAUUCAAGAAACAAGCAGAUGAAAUCAAAACCCGCCUACUAGAGACAGAAAAACAGACUUCAGAAAAACAUACUGUUGUUGAGAAACUGGAAGUACAGAGGCUGCAGAGCAAAAAAGAUGCUGAUGAUCUGCAUAAAGCAAUUGCAGAGCUUGAGAAAGAAAAGGAAAAACUGAAAAAAGAGGCAGCUGACUUACAAAAACAGUCAAAAGAGAUGGCCAAUGUACAACAAGAACAGUUACAGCAAGAAAAGACUAUCCUCCAGCAAACUUUCUUAGUAGAAAAAGAGACACUGCUGAAGAAAGAGAAAGCUAUUGAGGCAGAGAAAAAGAAGUUGGAGAAGUUAUUUGAAGAUGAAGUGAAGAAGGCUGAAGCACUCAAAGAUGAACAGGAGUGUCAGAAGCAGCAAAUGGAGAAGGAGAAAAAGAAACUGCAGGCUGCCAUGGAUGCUGCUAUCAAAAAGCAAAAGGAUGCUGAGGAAGAGAUGCACGCCAAGCAAAAAGAAAUGCAAGAACUUGAAAAGAAAAGAAUUGAACAAGAGAAACUUCUGGCAGAGGAAAACAAGAACUUGCGAGAAAAACUCCAGCAACUUCAGAGUUCACAGAAGCCAUCCCACACCAAGGAGAUUGAAAUUCAAACUGACAAUGUCCCUGAAGAAGAGUUAGUUCACAUGACCAUGGUAGAAACAACAAAGAAGGUCCUAAAUGGCUCUACAGAAGUGGAUGGCGUGAAAAAAGAUGUACCCCUGGCAUUUGAUGGAAUUAGAGAGAGGGUGCCUGCAAGCAGACUUCAUGAGAUUGGGGUGCUUAGCAAAAAAGAAUUUGACAAGCUCAAGAAAGGCAAAAUAACUGUGCAAGAGCUUUCUAAGAAUGACAAGGUCAAGAUGUGCCUGAAAGGUAAAGACAGUAUUGGCGGUGUAAUAGUUGAACCCAACCAGAAAAUGAGUAUCUACCAAGCUUUGAAGGACAAGAAGAUUCCACAAAGCACAGCUAUGAUGCUUCUUGAAGCCCAAGCUGCAUCUGGUUACAUAAUCGACCCCAUUAAGAACAGAAGACUUUCUGUCAGCGAAGCUGUGAAGGAUACCUUGAUUGGACCUGAGUUGCACACCAAGUUGUUAUCUGCCGAACGGGCUGCCACAGGAUUCAAAGAUCCAUUCACUGGAGAUACAAUAUCACUAUUUGAAGCAAUGAAAAAAGGUUUAAUCGCAGAGGACCAGGCCACUAAACUUCUUGAUUCUCAAUAUGCAACAGGUGGCAUAAUUGAUCCUGUCAAUAGCCACCGUGUACCUGUCCAAAUAGCAUGCACACAAGGUCAACUCAAUGAAGACCUAAGCAAAUUUCUUUCCAGCCCUCCUGCUGACAAAAAAGCAUUCACUGACCCCAGCACUCAGGAUAGCCUCACUUACGGUGAGUUGCUGGAGCGAUGCAAACCAGAUCCUGAGACAGGCAUUCCAUUACUACCAAUCACAGAACAAGCAGCACAAAUUGAAAUAACUUAUACCGAUGAGGAAACUAAAGAUGUAUUUAGCAAGGCUAACUUAACAGUUCCAUUUGGAAGAUUCAAAGGAAAAACUGUCACAAUCUGGGAGGUCAUAAACUCUGAGUACUUCACUGAAGAUCAGAGAAAGAAUCUUAUCCGUCAAUACAAGACAGGCAAAAUUACAGUUGAAAAAAUCAUUAGAAUUGUAAUAACUGUUGUAGAGGAUAAGGAGAACAAGAAGGAACCUGCAUUUGAUGGUUUAAGAUCAUCAGUGCCAGCGUCUGAACUUUUGGAUGCAAAAGUUAUUAAUAAAGAUUUAUUCAACAAAUUGCACAAUGGAAAAGCUACACUUAAAGAGGUAUCUGAGCUUGAACCCGUCAAGAAAGCCCUAAAGGGGGGACAUAGUAUUGCUGGAGUGCAGAUUGAGUCAACUUCUGAAAAGAUGUCAUUCUACGAAGCUAUGAAGAAGGACUUACUUGAAACAGAGCCUGCACUAAACCUUCUGGAGGCCCAAGCUGGAACAGGCUUCAUAAUUGAUCCAGUGAAAAACCAAAAGCUCACAGUUGAUGAAGCAGUCAAAAGUGGUGUUGUUGGCCCAGAGCUGCAUGAGAAAUUGUUGUCUGCAGAAAGAGCAGUUUGUGGUUACAAAGAUCCAUAUACUGGAAAAACUGUAUCCCUGUUUGAGGCAAUGCAAAAAGAUCUCAUUAAGAAAAACCAAGGUGUCCGUCUGCUGGAAGCUCAACUUGCAACUGGAGGAAUUAUUGACCCUGAGAAAAGUUAUCGCAUCACUCCAGAAAUUGCAUAUAAACGUGGUUACCUAAAUGAGGAGAUGAACCAAAACUUAAGCAGCCCAUCAGACUACAAUACAGUUUUUGUUGACCCUAACACACAAGAAAAUGUCACUUAUGCUGAGCUGCUGAAAAGAUGCAUCACUGAUAAGCAGACUGGUCUCCCAUUGCUGCCACUAUCAGAAAAGGCAAUCAAGUCAAAGGAAAUGGAAACAGUUUCUGACACACAAACUAAAGAGACCUUAAGCCAUGCUACGGUUGAAUUACACAGUGGACUUUUUAAAGGAAGAAAAAUCACCAUUUGGGAGAUUAUCAACUCUGAAUAUUUCACAGAAGAACAAAGGAUUGAAUUUAUUUGGCAGUAUAGAUCAGGAAAAAUCACUAUUGAAAAACUGAUCAAGAUUGUGAUCGCUACAGUGGAUGAAAAAGAAAAGAAGGGACAGCACAACUUUGAAGGUUUGAGAGGUCCUGUACCAGCCAGUUCCUUGCUUGAAUCUAAAAUCAUUGACAAAGAUACCUAUGAAAAAAUCCAACAAGGCAAAAAUAAACCUGCAGAGUUUAGUGACUCCAUCAAACGCUACCUGCAAGGUUCUGAUUGUAUUGCUGGGGUAAUUAUGGAAAAAACCAAGGAAAAACUCAGCAUUUACCUAGCCAUGAAGCAGAAACUACUGACACCAAACACAGGUCUGUCCCUGCUAGAAGCCCAAGCAGCUACUGGCUACAUAGUUGAUCCCAUCAGGAAUGAGAAAUUUACAGUGGAUGAUGCUGUUAAGGCUGGCAUUGUCGGUCCAGAGCUUCAUGAGAAACUGCUAUCUGCAGAGAAAGCUGUUACUGGUUACAAAGAUCCAUACACUGGUAAUAAGAUCUCUCUUCUACAAGCAAUGCAAAAACAGCUUGUUCUAAGAGAACAUGCCAUACCUCUUCUAGAGGCUCAGGAGGCUACUGGAGGAAUAAUUGAUCCAGUAAAUAGCCAUCGACUUCCCAGUGAUAUAGCCAUUCACCGUGGCUACUUCAGCAAGCAAUUAGCCAAAUCUUUUAAAGACCCCACAGAUGACAUCAAAGGUUUCACUGACCCUAACACAGAUGAGAAUGUUACAUACAAACAAUUGAAAGAGAGGUGCAUGACCGAUCCGGAAUUUGGAAUUGUCUUGUUGCCACUUUCUAAAGCCCAGGCUCCAGAGAAAGCUGAGAAAUCCUAUGUUUACACUGAGGAGCAAGCACAAGUGGACUUAGCUAGCACUCAAAUUGACAUACCACAUGAGAGUUUUGCAGGGAAGCAAGUGACAUUAUGGGAAGUCAUGAAAUCAGAUUUGCUUCCAGAAGAAGAAAAACUAAGUCUUCUUGAACAGUACCGCUCAGGCAAAAUCACAAAAGAGAGAAUGGUCAUCAUUAUAAUUGAAAUUAUUGAACAAAGAGAGAUCAUCAAGACUGAGCAGAGUAUGUCGUGUGAUGUCAUUAGACGGCGGGUUACUAUUGAUGAACUUUACAGAGCACGCAUUAUAGACCUUGAAACUUACAACCUGCUCAAACAAGGAAAGAAAACAAUCCGGGAGGUUAUGGAGAUGCCAAGUGUGAAGCAGUAUCUUUUUGGAACAGGCAGCAUUGCUGGAAUACUCUCAGAUAACUAUGCUAAGGUUAGCAUCUACCAAGCCAUGAAAAGAGGUCUCAUAAAACCUGACAUUGGCAUAGAUCUCUUGGAGGCACAAGCAGCAACAGGAUUCAUCACUGACCCUGUGAAAGAUGAAUUGUUGACAGUUGAUGAGGCAGUCCGGAAGGGUCUCGUUGGUCCAGAGAUCCAUGACAAACUCUUGUCUGCUGAAAGAGCAGUCACAGGUUACAAGGAUCCUUAUAGCGGUAAAGUCAUUUCUUUAUUCCAAGCCAUGAAAAAGGACCUUGUGCCUGAGGAUUAUGCCUUGAAGCUUUUGGAGGCCCAGUUAGCAACAGGUGGCCUCAUGGAUCCAGAGUACUAUUUCCGCCUCCCAAUUGAUGUCGCCAUGCAACGUGGCUACAUAAACAAAGAAAUCAGUGACAGGAUAUCUGAUCCAAGUGGAGAUGUCAAACAGUUUGCUGAUCCUAUGACAGAUGAAAAGCUGUCCUAUGCACUACUUCUUAAAAGAUGCAAAGUUGACAAAGAGAGUGGCUUACGAUUGUUGUCUCUGGCAGACAAGAGACUUCUUUUUAAGGGCCUUAGAAAGCAGAUCACCCCAGAUGAGUUGUUGCGCUCUCAAAUUAUUGAUCAGAAAACCUACACAGCACUCAUGGAGGGUACCAUUUCUGUAGAGGACCUUAGUAAAGACCUGAAGAAUUAUCUUGAAGGCAUCAGCUCUAUUGCAGGUGUCUAUGUAGAGGCUACCAAAGAUCGUCUGUCAGUCUACCAAGCCAUGAAAAAGAACAUGAUCAGACCAGGCACUGCCUUUGAACUUCUGGAGGCUCAGGCAGCUACUGGGUAUGUGAUUGAUCCAAUCAAAAAUCUCAAAAUAAAUGUCCAAGAAGCUGUAAAAAUGGGAGUGGUGGGACAAGAAUUUAAAGAUAAGCUUCUCUCUGCUGAACGAGCUGUGACCGGCUACAAAGAUCCAUACUCUGGCAAGGUGAUCUCCCUGUUCCAGGCUAUGAAAAAAGGUCUUAUUCUAAAAGACCAUGGUAUCCGUCUGCUUGAGGCUCAAAUAGCCACCGGUGGAAUCAUUGAUCCUGAAGAGAGCCAUCGCCUGCCUGUUGAAAUGGCCUACAAACGGGGUCUCUUUGAUGAGGAGAUGAAUAGUAUUCUCACAGAUCCCUCUGAUGACACAAAGGGGUUCUUUGAUCCAAACACAGAGGAGAAUUUGACCUAUCUCCAGCUCAUGGAGCGCUGCAUAACAGACCCUGAAACUGGACUUUCUCUUUUACUGCUAAAAGAAAAGAAACGGGAAAGAAAGACAUCCUCUAAGUCUUCAGUCCGCAAACGUAGAGUUGUCAUCGUAGAUCCAGAAACGGGAAAAGAAAUGUCUGUGUAUGAGGCAUACCGCAAAGGACUCAUUGACCAUCAAACAUACACUGAGCUUGCAGAGCAGGAGUGUGAAUGGGAAGAAAUUACCACCUCAUCAUCAGAUGGUGUUAAUAAGUCUAUGAUCACUGACAGAAGGUCUGGACAGCAGUAUGACAUUGAUGAUGCAAUCUCCAAGGGCCUCAUAGACCAGUCUGCUUUAGACCAGUACCGUGCUGGAACCCUUUCCAUUACUGAAUUUGCAGACAUGCUCUCUGGUAAUAUGAGUGGUUUCAGAUCUCGAUCAUCUUCCUUUGGAUCCAGCUCAUCCUAUCCCAUGAGUCCAAUUCCAUCCAUAAAGACACCAGCUACAACCUGGACUGAUCCAGCCGAGGAAACUGGACCAGUGGCUGGAAUUUUAGAUACAGAUACUUUGGAAAAGGUGUCAGUUACAGAGGCUAUGCAUCGGAAUCUAGUUGACAACAUCACUGGUCAAAGACUACUAGAAGCACAAGCAUGCACAGGAGGAAUUAUUGACCCUAACACUGGAGAGAAAUUCUCUGUUGCUGAUGCAGUGAACAAAGGGCUGAUGGACAAGAUCAUGGUUGAACGUAUCAACCUAGCUCAGAAAGCUUUUCAGGGAUUUGAAGAUCCAAGAACCAAAACCAAAAUGUCUGCCUCUCAAGCCUUAAAGAAGGGUUGGCUCUACUAUGAAGCUGGCCAACGGUUCCUUGAAGUCCAGUACCUAACAGGGGGUUUAAUUGAACCGGACAUUUCAGGAAGAGUUUCAUUGGAUGAUGCUGUCAAGAAGGGCACUCUGGAUGCACGCACUGCACAGAAACUGAGAGAUGUCAGUGGAUAUUCAAAAUACCUCACCUGCCCCAAAACAAAACUCAAGAUCUCAUACAAGGAUGCCAUGGACAGAAGCAUGAUCGAGGAAGGAUCUGGCCUGAGGUUGCUAGAGGCAUCCUCUCAGUCAAGUAAAGGCCUUUACAGCCCAUACAGCAUCAGUGGCUCUGGAUCAACUUCAGGGUCUAGGUCUGGAUCCAGAACUGGUUCAAGAUCAGGCUCUAGAAGGGGAAGUUUUGAUGCUACAGGCUCAGGUUUCUCCAUGGGUUUUUCCUCAUCUUACAGCCCAUCUAGCUAUGGCCGUCGUUAUGAUUCAGGGGAACAUGGUGGACUUCAGAUGGAUGAGCUAAAGCAAGCCCUUUUAGCUUUAGCAUCAGGCAGGAACUGUUGCUAUGAUGAAAGGAGAAUAUUCACAUUAUCGCAAAAUCAACCCUCUUUAGUUGCUUAAUAUAUGUACACAAAAGGACAUUUAUCCUGCUCUGCAUGAUAUUGCUAAUGGGCUUUUUUAAUGAUGGGAAUAAUAAUGCUAUGAAGGACUGGCUUUAAUAUUUUAUUUCAUUUUUAUAUAUUUAGUUAAAUAUACAGAUGUUUUUAUCUAACACUUUUCCUUUUCAUUUUGACGUGACAGUAUAAAAUGAUAUCAUAAACUGUUUAUUCUGCACAACAUUCAUGGCAGAAUCAUUUUCAUUUAUUUUUUGUAUUCAGUCUUUUUAUUACCAGUGUUAAAUACUUAUAGCCUCUCUUUUUGUAUUACCUUGUAAACUGGCACAUGAAUAAUAUUGAAGUUUUAAGAAUGUUUAGAUUUCUUGGAGAGGAUAUGGUGAUACUACAAAAGAGAUGUAUAAGUUAUUUGUUAUAUAUUUUUGUGUUUAUGUAAAGAUCCCUAGGGUAUCUGUACACAUUUGGUUAUAUUUUAACACUGAACUUUUUAAGCCAGUAUGGUAAAAAAAAAAAAAUAAAAUAAAAGGUGGGGCAGGGGAGCUGUUACUAUCUGCAGACUGGAAUAAAGUCCAUUGGACAUUUGGACGCUUAUGAUUGGCAGCAUGUCAAUAAACAAAACAUUACAUGUCUUGGCAGCACUGCCACGGACAUUGUUUUUUCAUUACUGUAAACUAGAAUACAAACUUUGAACUAUGCAGUCUUACUAGAUAAAGUGAAAUGGAUUCACCAACCCUACAGCCAUUUUAAAAACUGCAGAUCCUAGCCACAAAUCACUUUAAAGAUGACAAUAAAACAUCUUUAAAAGGAAUAAGUGGCUCACAUCCCAACCAUAAUUUGCCUCUGGUCCUUCAUCUGAUUCAAAGGGGAUAUCAUUUGCGCCUUAACCUUGUGUGACGUCUGCAUUCAUUUUCUUGUAAAUGUAAUGUGCACCCUCAUUAGACUUAAAGCCUAAAGACAAUUAUUAUCUCAUUGCAGAUUAUAAAGAACGUAGUGAUGUAGGAUUUUCAUUGUUGCAUAAAAGUAGCCUAUAUUAUUUGGGACACUCCCUUCUCUGUUUCAAUAUUAACUAGCCUGGCCAAUAAUGUCAAUUCAAACAAUUUUUUUUUUCUUUUCUUUUCCUAGUUUUUUUUUUUUUUUUUUUUUCAGAAAAACUCAUGCACUGUGUAGUUAUCAAAUGAAGGCCUCUUAAUAUCAUAAAUAAUGAGUCUAAUUUUUUAACAGGUGUCUCUUUCUGUGUCUACUACAGAAUGAUGAUACCUUGAAUAUGCCCAGACAAACAUUUUUAAUUUAAGUCCCCGUUUGUUAUGUUAAUUUGCUUUGUUUUCAAUCACUAAAUAGCUCCCUAUCUUUCACUGACACUUGAACUCCACCUGUGUUUUUGGAGCAUAUGGAAUGGAUUGCUCCUUUGAAAAGAAUCACAGUCAGUGUGAUCUUUCAACCAACAGACAUGUUCCACUACCUUUAUUUAUGCUCCAUUUUCAGCUUUGCUUUAUUAGAAUUAAAAACGCUAAUGGUCCAUAGAAGAAAUCAUAAUGGUCAACUGAUAUUUACCCUUACUAGUCAAUUUGAACACUAAAUCUUAAGCGUUUUAGUGUUGUACUAGAAACACUGGUGUGUAAAUCACAGUACAUUCACUUUGUAUAUAAUUUGCAAUACAGCCUUGUGUGUUGUUGCAAUUAAGUAGGCCUACUGAUAAGCACUGCAAGUAAUUUAAAAUUGAUCUCUGAACUGAAUGUAGAUGUUUACAAGAUCAAGGUCUCUGUAAUUUAACAAAACAUGCCAUAUUUAAAACUGUAAUCAUAAAAUUGGAAAUGUAGACUGAAUUCCAAAGGCACAAAAAGAAUCGAUGAUGUUUUUCACUGUACUGUAAAUUAUAUUAAAAUUUUAGUUUUAUUUUCCUAUCUUCUGCUUCUUCUACUAACAUAAAUAAAAUGAUGCAAUAUGAGAAGUUAUACUUUGAAACUGUUCUGUUAUUGAAUGCAUGAUCUGAGUAUGGUAUUUACGAGAUGAAAUGUUAAUAUCCUAUUGUAAAUAAAUAUUAAAUACCUGC